ACUGUCAAAUUUGCCGUAUACGACGUCAUUUUAAUCAAUAUAUCGGAUGACGUCACACAAAGGGUUUUCACCUGCCCGCUUCGUUGUUGUACGCGACACGGCUACGCACUUCGAAUCUCCCUUCGUACGCUACUUUUUUUUCGACAGUUACACUCUUCAUUCUCUUGAUUCUUAUUUGAAUAAUGCAUGAGUGACAAAAUAAUAUUCUUAUCUAUAAAAAAAAAUUUACGGAGAAAAAAAGAAGGCCUUUCUCCUCGUCGUGGCGGUGGAUAUUUCUUCCUCGGGAAAAACUUGCGCGCGCGUCUACAAUUAGAAAUUAUUUACGAAAAAAUUGUCUUUCUUUUCUAUUAUUUUUACGCUUAUGAUUUCCGCUGAUUAUCUAGACUUUCCGUUCGUCGCGAGCGGUGGUAUGGAUUCAAUGACAUCUGUCAUACGUUUAUGGUGUCAGGCGUUCUUCCCCCUCGUCUUUGGCGAAUCUGCCGCGUUGUAGCGUCGAGGAACUACGUUUUCCAUCAUCGGCGAUCGUCGUCGUCGAAGAAGAGAAGGAGCAUUUAUUUUAUUCGAAAGCCCUCGUCGCCCGCGCCAUCCGUGAGUCAACUGCCAUCUCCGCCACCGUCGACGCCGACGCCGACGCCUCCACCGCCACCACCGCCACGGAGAUCGUAGUACCGUCGCGUACCCUCGAGUAACCGAGUAAAGUCGAGCGUAGUCCAGUAUCCCCGAAUUCGCGAAUGCGAAGUACGACCUGGACGUAUUUCGCCGGCCGCCUCUCGUCACGAUGCUACUACCCGCGGUGAUCGCGCUCUUCCUCCUCGCCGGCACGACGACCUCCGAAGUCUUUACCAACUCGUUCCUGGUGAGGAUGCGGCAGCCAGCGGAGAAGCAUGUAGCCGAUCGUGUAGCGCUGAGAAAUGGCUUCGUCAAUCUAGGAUCGGUUCUAGGAAGUCAGACAGAGUAUCAUUUCGUACAUAAAGCUUUACCUCAUGUACGAAGUAAACGAUCUGUGCCGCACACGCGAAGAUUAAAGGUCGACCCUUUGGUGGCCACGGCGAUACAGCAGGCUGGUUUCAAGAGAGUGAAAAGGGGCUACAAACCCUUGAGCGUAGACAACCUUAUACCAUUGUACGGAAUGAAGAAUCCGACGAAUCUCGAAAGCAAAGACCCGACGGAUCCCUUCUUCAAGCAUCAGUGGUAUUUGAAGAAUGUCGGACAAAAUGGUGGUAAACCGAAGCUAGAUCUGAACGUCGAGGCUGCGUGGGCUCAGGGUGUUACGGGGAAAAACGUGACGACAGCCAUCAUGGACGACGGUGUCGAUUAUGUGCAUCCGGAUCUCAAGUAUAAUUAUAACGCUAAAGCUUCUUACGACUUCAGCAGUAACGAUCCUUAUCCGUACCCGAGAUACACCGACGACUGGUUUAACAGCCACGGUACGAGGUGCGCCGGGGAGGUCGCGGCUGCGCGCGAUAACGAAGUUUGCGGGGUCGGGGUGGCGUACGAUUCCAAGAUCGCCGGAAUUCGGAUGCUGGAUCAACCCUACAUGACCGAUCUGAUCGAGGCGAACAGUAUGGGCCACGAACCCCAUCUCAUUGAUAUCUAUAGCGCGUCCUGGGGACCCACGGACGACGGGAAGACGGUUGACGGACCGCGAAACGCGACCAUGAGGGCCAUUGUACGUGGCGUUAAUGAGGGCAGGAACGGUCUGGGUAAUAUUUAUGUCUGGGCUUCCGGGGAUGGCGGAGAGGAGGAUGAUUGCAACUGCGACGGAUAUGCCGCCAGUAUGUGGACCAUCAGCAUCAACAGUGCCAUCAACGACGGUCAGAAUGCUCAUUACGACGAGAGCUGCUCUAGUACUUUAGCUUCUACCUUUAGCAACGGUGCCAAGGAUCCUAACACAGGAGUGGCUACUACAGAUCUGUAUGGAAAAUGCACGACGGCUCAUAGUGGGACAUCCGCCGCUGCACCGGAAGCUGCGGGGGUGUUUGCGCUUGCUCUUGAAGCCAACUCGCAACUGACGUGGAGAGAUAUUCAGCACCUGACCGUUUUAACUUCGAAAAGGAAUUCUCUGUUUGACGCGAAGAACAGAUUUCAUUGGACCAUGAACGGCGUUGGGCUCGAGUUUAAUCAUCUUUUUGGAUACGGCGUUUUGGAUGCUGGCGCUAUGGUGGCUCUGGCUAAAAAGUGGAAGACGGUACCGUCUAGAUAUCAUUGCGAAGCUGGAUCUAUGAUGGAAACGCAGCAAGUCACAAGCGAUCGAUCCAUCCUCGUGAAGAUUAAGACCGAUGCAUGUGCCGGCACGGAAUUCGCUGUCAAUUAUUUGGAACACGUGCAAGCUGUCAUUACCGUAAAUGCAACUCGGCGCGGUGAUCUCGAAUUGUUUCUUACAUCUCCGAUGGGUACAAGAUCUAUGAUCCUAAGUCGCAGAGUGAACGAUGACGAUCACAGGGAUGGAUUUACAAAGUGGCCGUUCAUGACGACGCAUACGUGGGGCGAGUAUCCUCAGGGAACUUGGAUGCUAGAGGUGAGCUUUAACACGCAGAAACCCCAACACGGAUGGCUGAAGGAAUGGACGUUGAUGCUUCACGGUACUAGGGAACCACCAUACACGGGAUUAUCAGCGGCGGAUCCUCACUCGAAAUUAGCGAUUGUCAAAAAGGCCCACGAGGAGCGACUGACCGCGAUCUAACAACACUCACGACGGUCCAACGCGAUUAUCGCCGAUUCACGCGACGAAAAUGGGAAUAUUCCGAUUGAAAGAUGUUUACGCGAGCGUUCCCCUUUCCGCUUUUCUGAUUUCGCGUCGCGCGGCUGAAGAAACAAAUAUAUUCCGAUCCAGUUGCGCGACGACCGCAUCAUCCGUGCCAAUCUGUAUCAUCAUUCGUUAUUUUACAACAGUCACCUAUUCAUAUCGAGAUCUCUAAAGAAAAGUAGAUUCACUCUUUACUGGAAUCGCGUUUGCCUAAAUACGGUAUCAACAAUAAUUACAUAUCAUGCCGUUUGUAUCAAAACUUACAUCAUUAAGAAUGUAGAUUCCUAUGUCCAAUUUUUUUUAAACGUUCCGCUACCGAGAAAAGGACCCUAUCAACACCCAGCGAUCCAGUUAAAGGACAGUUUUAUUUGCAUCCUUCUGAAAAAUUAUCAUAGAUGCGAGAUAUAUAUUCCUCUUACAAAAUUAAAUAAGGUUUUUUUAAUCUCCACAUCUUUUACGAUUUUUCAAACUCUUCGUUCUAUCUAAUCAGAUACUAAGCAGAAAAAAUCAGAAAGAAAUUAAUUUGCGUACAUAUGUAAUGAGUUAAAAUAUUUGUUACGAUGUUUUAAUUUCGCUAUUAUUGAAUAUUUAUAAUUAUAUUUAUUAUUUAGUAAUUUUUAUUUAUUUAUUUAUUAUUAUUAUUAUUAUUAUUAUUAUUAUUAUUAUUACAAAGUUUAGGCAGAAAAGAAAUAUGAAGUAUUAUUUUUUAUUUUAUUAAAAUCGUGUCCGCGUUGACAGCUUUCCGAAGAGUUCUCCAGUCGACGAUUGAAACUAGAUGAUUUGGGGGAACAACAGAGGAGAAGAAAUUUUACUAUGUAUUACUCAAUAGCGGAAUAAAUUACGAAUUAAAGUACUCUUCUGACGAGGCGGUAAAACUCGAGGCAUUAACUUUAACGGGACGUUGUCGAAUCGACAACGUCUGCGAAAGAGUAUCCCGGGAACAAGAGUUUCGUGUCGAUCAUUGUCGUCCUCGUGAGUUGUGAUCUCGAAGGAGCGAUUAUUCAAGAUGUAUACUUUUUUAACGGCAUCGUAAUAAUAUCGUAAGUCCGUCAACGGCAAUAUUCUUUUCUCCUUUUAUUUUUCGUACGCCCACUUCAUGGCUCUGCGUUCAAGACUGGAAUGAAUAUUUAAGAUAGAGAAAUGUCAUCUUGCGAAUUUUUCCCUCUGAAUAUCACCUGGAUGACAAAGAUCGUCUCGGUGCCGAUGCUUAAGACUUAAAUAUCGAUGCUUCGAAAAGAAUAUUUAUUUAGCUUAACUCUGUCUCUGAUGCGUGCUUAAGAGAGAAAGAGAGAGAGAGAGAAUCUAUCUUGAUUUGUUCGCUCAUUUAACUUAAAGCGAGUGACAAAGAGAGAUGCGCGAGGACGUCCGUGACGAACACGAGAACGCGAAAUACGGAUGCUGCAUGUGACAGAAUCCACAUGUGUAGAUGAUGUACCUUAGAAAUCGUAGCGGACAAAGAAUUUGAACAUUACAUUAAAUUAUAUAAAUAUAAAUGCAUAUAUAUAUAUAUAUAUAUAUAUAAAUAAAAUAUGCGUAUAUUUAUAUGUAUAUGUAUAGGAAGGCAAUUCCUGUCGCUGAUCGCAUUAUUAAGCGACAGAUUUCUUGAACAAUUUUUUGAAACGAAAAUUCUAAUAUCUGCGAAAGAACGUCGAGGCUUCCUGAAAUUUUUAAGAUGACAAACGAUUAUAAAGUUAGUAAGCGAUUACAGUGGGUAAAGUUCGAAUUAACUUUGAUCGCUUCUCAUUCAUGAAAGUUUCGAGCUCUGACAUUUUUUUCGUACAUUUUCUUCGUUUCUCCAAAUUAUCUAUGGAUUCCGCCGAGUUAAUGUAUAUGUUAUGUACAGAGCGAUAUACUUAAUCUUUGUAACGUAGAUUAUUUCUCCAUUCAAAACCAUUUCUCGAUGAUUGCGUGCGCAGUAGAAAUAAUCCAAGUCAUAAAAAUAAACAUUCUACGCUCUGUAUAUUUUAUAUACAUGUAUCUCAUUACAUAUAUAUACACAUAUAUCUUACAGUUGAAAAAUGGAUUUAAUCGACUUUAUUGUGUAUGCGUUAUAGAUGGAUGAAUAAAAUCUGUAUUUUUUGGCUGGCAUCGUU